CGCGCCUCAAUGAGCUGGGAUCAAUUCCUGGACUUCAUGGAACUGUCGCCAUGGGGAGGGCACGGCCAGCUGCAUCCCAGAAGAAAAAAAGGAGCAGCAAGUCUACGUUGCAGGCGCUGGAUCUAUUAAAUAACGUCAACAGGACAACGGCGAGUCGGUCUCGCGUCGCGCGUCGCGCGGCGAGCAGACGCCAGUCGUCUUUGGAUAUCUACGAAAUUCCUCCAUCGGAUGGAGAAUCGGUUGAUGAUGAGCAGGACAGUGACGGGGAUGGAGAGACAGAAGGUGUUAAUGCAGAACAGCAGGGUGAAGUGCCAGAAACGCCGGUCGGAAGGACCUGGCCAAUUCGACGAUCGCCGCGUGUCGGAAAAUACACAAAAAAGCAAGUCUCUACGCCUGGGGAAUUAUUACAGCAAUACUUGCAUGGCCUUGGCAAGGAACACACCCCUGAACGGCCGAAUCCCAAGUCUACACGAAGCGCCGGCGCGAUAAUCACGACACGACACGCGGACUCAUAUAUCAGGGAGGAAGAAGAAGAGCAUAGCUCGCUUGGAGAUACACCGGCAGAUCUCGACUUGUUUGUCGACUACGCACCCAUAGAGGAGGCAACGGGUGCACGCCGCUUUCCACAGCAUAUGGCUCACGUCGAGAUCCCUCCUAUGACGCGGGGGAAACCGUCGUCUCAGGGAACAGCGGGACAGGCUCGGAAGCGAUACGAAAGCGAUGACUCUGAGAGCGGAGGAUCCAGCGAGAGCGACUCGGAGAGCAGCGACGAUGAGAGAUCUACUGAGAGGUCUUCAGACGAGGACGAAGAGGAAGAAGCGUGGUUCGAGGAAGCCAAAAAACUUGGAGGCCAGGAAGAGAAUUGGGCCGCUCUCAUGACGAAAGCAAGGCAGUUAAAAGCCGGCAAGCCAUCUUCUCUGCAUGUCUUCUCGGCGUCCGACAUGCUGAUUAGGGUAUUGUCUGACGUCUACGAGACGCUCGCGGUACAGCGGUCCCAGGACGAGAAUGGCGACUGCUCCUCGCAUCUCCGACGCGAGUCAAAGAAUCUCGUCCAAACACUCUCCGAUGAGACAUAUGGCAUCCUCGCCAAAGUCUUGGAGCUCGCCACCGAGGGUGGUUCCCCAGGCGGUGCUGUCAACGCGACCAACCUACUGACCGAGUUUGAGCAGUACACCCUCCCACGGAUUGUGCGGCUGAGCAAGACCUGCUUCAAAGCACAUUACUUAAGUCACACCAGCGGUGCUGAGGGCAGUCUAGCCCGCAAGGCAGCCCCUCAUUUACUACGGGUGCUCGAUCUUCUCGCCGGCUUGCUCACCCGCACCUACAACCUCUGUGCGGAGGGUUUCGUGCCUCAGUGCGCGCUCAGCGCCGCGAUGCGUCUCCCUCUACGCCGUCUCAUCGCAGCUGUCCGUUCUGGCAAGCUUGGUGGAGACCGUCGUGAGGCAAUCAGUUCCCGGCGGGGUAUGCGGAAGCGUUCAAGUCUUGACGAUGGUCUCAACGCGAGUAUUCUUGAAUCAAGACACGACAGUCUUGUCAUCACCGGGAUCCAGAAAGUAUGGACAGACGAGGAGGGAAGGGCGUUGCUAGAUGGCCUCAAGCAAUACCAAGGACCCGAUCGCUACAUCCAAAUCAUGAGAGUGUACGGCCACCGACUCCGCGGGCGGACGAUUGCCGAUCUCCAGACACAGACGGAAAGGAUUCGCGCCGAUCUACGAAGGAAAUAUCCCGAGGCCCAGUGGGCAUGGCUGUUCGAUUGACUUCACCUCGAUGGUUUUAUGGGAAUUGUAUAUCUAUUAAUGGUUGUAUGAUAUGGGUACUACUCUAUAUGAGACAUCUUUCGGCAUAUGGUCUCACUAAUGAACAAAUUAUACUCCGGUAUAUAAGACCGGUAUAAGACCGGU